AUGUACGGCCACGGUGCUGGCGGAAGUGGCUACUCGAUGGGUGGUGGAGGACCGUUGGGUGGAGCAAAUCUGAUGGGCCGAAAGGACAAGGGGAUCUCCGUGGCACUCGAGCCGUAUGGAGAAUGGAAAAUACAAGAGAUCGGCUACGAUGGGAUGGAGAAAUUCAUCCAACCCGAAAGUUUCGCGGAUCACGUCGGGAAAUUGGCGCGGAAGAUCGACUGGCGCACGUUGGUCGACUCGGAUCAAAGCUACGAUAAUCCAAAUCUUUUGCCGGAAGACGAACUACCGGAAGAAGAGGAUGACGAAGAAAAGCUUGAGGAUGAGACGGAAAAGGAGAAAAAAGAAUUCCCGCCUGAAGUCGGACCGUGGCACGAUGUCGCCAAGAAUUUACAUGAAUCCCUUCAACACAUCAACAUGAUGUUGGACGGUUUACAAGUAAUGCAACAUUUGGACUACCUGAAACCGUUAUCGAUUGGUGACCCAAUUCAAAUUAACGAGGCAACGCAAGAGGCGGCUGUGAUUGCGAAUAAUGGGAAAGCGUUUCAAUGGGUCUGGAAAAGAAAGGCGCUAAACGAGGUACAAAAUGCGAUUGAGGCGUCAAACGCGAAUCGCCGUCAUCUCGCUGUGGGUGGAGAGGCGUCAAUAGAUGAAACGACCAGUUUAACCAAUCUUUUCUUUAGAGAAAUCGAAGAACUUUGCCUGCAGUGGAGAAUUCGGAAGACCGGCGAUCAUCUCUAUGGAGCUUUGGGAUACAAAAGAUAUGGACAACGUUUCGAGCCAGGUGAAAUCUUCGACAUCACUCGCCGCUCGGUGCCCAUAAAUUACAGUGACAAAGACGGGAAACUUCAACAAACAAUACUACAAAUCUCUGUUCCAAACGAUUUGAUUCGCCGGAGUAAAAUCUUCGUGUCAAUAUUUAAAGAUGAUAUGAUGUCAAAAGCCAUUCACACAUCAGAUGAGGCAAAUCUGGAGUACAUGAAAGUCGACAUGAAGCAGGUUGACAAUCUCUACUGGAAUGACGCUUUAUCGUGGGCACAAGAGACAUUGAUUUGCCGGGAUACAUUUAAUCAGCUGGCCACCGAUGCGGUUCAUCUAAAGCAGCGAAUGUCCUCGUUUCGGGAUGGAGUGCUCAUCGUGGCCCUACACGACGAUUACCUGUUGAGAAUCGAGCUCAAGAAUUACCCGUUUAAGGCUGGCGAUCUUCCGGACGGUGGUGAUCCGUAUUUGAAUCGCGCGCUUCGACAAAUGAUUGUCAAUCAUCACGCGAAAAAGGUGAUUCGCUCGCAAAUGUUCGUCGAAAUGCCGCUGACGAUGCUAAAUGAACACUUGGAUAUGAGAGGACCGAAUGCGUUCACACAAUAUGAAAUUGACGAGCGAGCGAAGCGACAAACGUGUGUCUUGGAGAAGCUACUCUCGGUCGCGUCUCAUCAGCGGCUCGUGAAAUUGACAGUGGAUACGCUAAUUCGAUACCAGAAUGAGUGCAGAGACCCGCAGGUCAAAUGGCGUUGGCUUCGAUGUGCCCCAACGAACUCUCAAGUGAUGAUUCACAUCGUCGAUCCACAUUUCGACUUCUUGAUGGGAAGAGUCACUUCCUACUUGCAAAUCGAUACGGAUUGUGUGACGCUGCGAACAAAAGACGGGAAAACGAUCGAUUGUUAUCGAGAUGCCGAUCGAUUAUUCAACACACUCAAAUAUGUGAACAUCACCUACUUUUUGCAAGCGGCUGGGACUCUCGGGAAAACUGGUUGGGGAUAUCACAUCCUUCACGGUAACAACAAUGCGAUUGAUGUUGACGGGAAUCCGGCGCCAACGCUUUACUUGUGCAAUGCGACGAGCACAAGAGCGCUUCUCAUUCAAUUCCACACACAUCGCAAUCCGGAAAUCAACGUCAAGAAGUUGUCCGAUGAUCCGAACAUCGAUCACCCGUUCAUUCCACUCAACUACGAGAAACUACCCGGGAAAUCUUUCUGCCGAAAAUUCGACAAUUUGUGCGCUAUUUUGAAGGAU